UUUAGUGGCAGUGGACGCUAUCUGCUGUCUGUUCUGACUGACAGGCCUGAGAUUUGGGCAGUCCAGCAUGCUUGCUGCGGUCAUCUUUUUCAAGAUUAUUGGAGUAUGUUUUGCAAAGAAAAUAUUGCUUAACAAAUGUCAAGAUUGCCAGCUGGAGUGCUCUUGAUAGCCACCAGAGUGCACUCCAUACACCAAGCUCCGGUGGCCAAGGAGCUUGGCCCACCACAGUCACCUGCAUUUCCUGUUAUAAUGGUCGUUAGUCCUGUGCUUUCAGCACCUUCCUGUCCUGUGGUUCCCAUACCAGAGUCAGUUCACAACAUGGCUGCCGCAGCAGAGCCAGUUCACAAGAUGGCCGCCAUUCCAGAGCCUCUCCACAAGAUGGCCGCCAGUCCAGAACCUCUCCACAAGAUGGCCACCAGUCCAGAGCCUCUCCGCAAGUUGGCCGCCAGUCCAGAGCCUCUCCGCAAGAUGGCCACCACACCAGAGUCUCCAGCCAUCAUGGACAUAAUGCCAGAGUCUCCAGCCGUCAUGGACAUCAUGCCAGAGUCUCCAGCCUUCAUGGACGUCACACCAGUGUUCCCGGCCAUCAAGAACAUUCCACCUGAAGCUAAUAAGGCAGUGCCCAGGAAACCGAGACUGAUGUCCAGUGUGGCGAAUCCACCACUAAUGUCGGUGCAAGCGGCAGGCAUCCCAGUGGUUUCAGCACUCUCAAGACCGGUGAUCUCAUAGGUUCUGCCACCCUCUGCUGCCCUUCCAGUAAUGGCCGUCGCCAUUUUGUG